ACGUCCUGUCCCUGCAGCCAGCCCUGGGAGCACGUGUUCGGGGUGGUUCCUGCACAAGGAAACUGCUGCAAGCCUGCUGGGACUGGUGCCCACUGAUUCCUAAGGGACACCGCUGGCAGGAGGCUCUGCAAAAGCAGAGUUAUCUGGACCAGUACUCUCCUUUUCUCCCUGCUUCUUUGUGGGAGAGGAAAAAGGCUCCCGAGAUGGACCUGUCCUACAGAUCCACUAUCUCCAUCUAUAAGAGUAUCUUGGAGCAGUUCAACCCUGCGCUGGAGAACCUGGUAUACCUGGGGAACAACUACCUGCGUGCCUUCCAUGCAUUAUCCAAAGCGGCUGAAGUGUAUUUUAAGGCAAUUGAGAAGAUUGGGGAGCAAGCGCUGCAGAGUUCCACCUCACAUGUGCUGGGUGAAAUCCUGAUGCAGAUGUCUGACACGCAGAGACUCCUGAGCUCUGAUUUGGAAGUUGUGGCUCAGACCUUCCAUGUGGACCUGCUACAGCACAUGGAGAAGAACACCAAAAUGGAUGUGCAGUUCAUCAGUGAGAGUCAGAAGCAGUAUGAGCUGGAGUACCAGCGCAGAGCCACCAGCCUGGAUAAGUGCAUGGCAGAGCUGUGGAGAAUGGAAAGGACCCGUGAUAAAAAUGUCCGGGAGAUGAAGGAGAAUGUGAUGCGACUACGCUCGGAGAUGCAGGCAUUUGUCUCUGAGAGCCAGAGGGAAGCGGAGCUGGAGGAGAAACGUCGCUAUCGCUUCCUGGCUGAAAAGCACCAGAUGCUGUACAACACCCUCCUUCAGUUUUAUAGCAGGGCACGGAGCAUGAUCCAGACCAAGGCACCACUGUGGAAGGAGCAGCUGGACGCCAGCCGCAACCCCUCAAACAGCCAUUCACAGGGUCUUCUUCCAGCCUCCCACAGCUCAGGUUAUCCAUCAGGCCGGCUCAACCCCACCCACCUUGAGAUGCCGCAGAGACCCCUUGGGGACUUUGCUUCUCCAAUGACUGGAAGUAGGACCAGCGUCUUCUCUCCGGAGCAGCCAGAAAUGAGACUGUCUCCUCAACCAGAAUCCCCCAGGCGACCGCUGCGAAGGACACCGUCAGCCAGUUUGCUCCCUACCGGCCGUACCUCCCGUUCGAGUUCCUUUGGCGAGGCCAGCGGCGACAGCGAAGGCAGGAAGAGGAGCAGCACAGCAAGAGUGCAGGCUAUCGUGCCCCACGUGACGGGUGCCAACCGGACACUGCUGCGGUUCGACCCCGGGGACAUCAUCACGGUGCUGAUGCCGGAUGCGCAGAACGGCUGGCUGUACGGCAAGCUGGAAGGCUUGUCCACAUGCGGCUGGUUCCCUGAAGCUUAUGUAAAGCCUCUGGAUGUGAGGGAAUUGGAGGAGCCAGCCACCAGGUCCUUCCCACUGCGAAGCAGUCACAGUAUGGAUGACAUCCUGGACCGUCCCAGCACUCCUUCCUCUAGCAAUUACUGGCCUGCCACUACCCAGUCCAGUUUGCCGAACCCACCUCCCCUCUUGGUGGGUGCCAGCAAUCACCAGAGUGGAGUGGCCACCCCGGUCAGCUCUGGCUCCAGGAAAUCAGGAGUAUUUGACCAGCCCCCUGAACUCUUCCCACGAGGUACCAAUCCCUUCGCCACAGUCAAGCUGCGUCCCACGGUCACCAAUGACCGCUCGGCACCCAUCAUCCGAUGAAUUGGGGCUGCAGAUGGCAAAGAAUUUCAGCAGGGAAGGGAGAGGCAUACAAGUGACGGGCUGUGACCCCAGCUGGGCAGCCUCAUGCUACCACUCACUGAGUAACCUCUUUUUUUACCCAUCCUUUUCCUCUGGGUCAUGGGGACCCACCUCUCCUGGCUGUCUGGGAUGCUUUAGCCAGCAGCACAUCCCUGCUGCUCUUUUUGAGUUGCCCCCUGUCCUCCCCUCCCCGUGUGGUGUUACUGUACUUAAGUGGGAUAAGUCUGGUGUUACUGGUACUGGUGGCCUGGGAGCAGGGAUGCUGCUGGUCUGGGAGGUGGAAGGACGGAGAGGUAAGAUCACCUGCAGCAGGAUGAGAACUGUGAAGCUUUGCAAGCCCUGUUGUGGGCAGAGAAGAACACUUGCCGAACUUUGCCACCAGAAGAAUGAACCCCAAAGGGAGGAGGCUACAAGAAGGCUUCCAGCAGUGUGGUCCGGUUGACAGGGUCUGCAGCAUGCAGCAGUCUGCUGUUGUCCCCUUUGGCAAUCGUGUCCAUUUGUAGCAACAUUCGCCCCUUCUCACCCCCCUGCCACAGCCCCUUCCCUUGCUGGGCAGCCCUGGAGCAAGGUGAGGACAGGCGAGAGUGCCUGGCGCUGCUGCCCUGCUCCUUUGCCUAUUGUCCUGUGGGAAAAGAUUUUGUUUUUAAAAAAAUAAAAUGGAGAAUGCUGCUUCUGUAGCCAUUCCAGUAG